GUUGACGAUGGAACCGAGUAUACAUUAGCUGAAGAUCCAGAGGAAUGGUAUGCAUGGAAGCGAGCUCAAGAUGAACGUCGGGCACAAUGGGGGACCCAGCCCGCCAAAGGGCAGAAUAGUCAUCCUGCCGGUGAAAAGCAAGCAGCCAAGCCUUCUGCUCCUGAAAAUAAUAAACCCAAGAAUUUCAGAUCGUAUGCUAUACAUAAACUGGGCAUGGCUAAGAAACGAAGCGCUAGACAGGAGCUAUGCUGGGACGAGCAUGACAACCCAGUUGAAGUCCAACUUCGCACUAGACCCCUCCCUCCCCAGUCACACACUCAUGCUCAGCCACCCGCAUCUCCAAAACCAGCAUCCAAGUCCACCAAGAACUCUUCACAAAAUGAUUCGGAGCAAUUGUUUCGCUUGGCGAGUCGGAACUCCAGUUCAUCUCGAAUUUCUCGGUCUCCAUCAACCUCCAAGUAUCCGCCUCAAACCAUGGCUUUAAUGACACCCGUAUCUUCAUCCAUGAGUAGAUCUCAAUCCCUUAAUAGACGGACAGGCUCCCGUACACCAGUUAGAGGCUCAGCCAAAGGGUCGCAGAACGAAUUCUCCCAGAGAGGAGUAGAGAGAUCCUCUCAGUCGACUCAAGCACCUCUUCAACCACGCAUAGAACGAGCUCCAGCCAGAAACUCCCUGGAACACUCACAAGUGGAAUCGAAUUUCCAAUCGCCUACUACCACCGACUAUCUCUACGGUUCGCAGAAAAGUAAUCAACCGGUCUCUUCUGUAAAGCAACCGGAUUCAUAUAUUGAGGAAUUGGAGGAGGAAAGCAGACGUAUUGAUAUGCAACGUCGCACCAGGCAUCACUCUACUAUUCACACAUCCAGGCAUAACGCUUGGCACCUGCAUUCGAACGAUGACGAAGACACUCAUUGUCAAUCUCAGCAAGCUAGAGAUAUCUCAAAUAUCGUCGGCGAAGAUUUAGGAGAAUUCUUUCGCAACGAAAACUACGAAGCUUUACGACAAAGAUAUACGGACCCUUCCGAUGUUGCAUAUUGA